GUGGUAAUUUUUGAGAAAUGGUUGGUUUCUGAUGACAUCAUGCAGCUAGAAUUUGUGGGCGGGCUUUGAGCUGUGAGGGGAGAGGGGCGCAACCGGAGAGCAACGACCAGGCGCCAUUAGGAACAACGGACGUCGUCACUCUCUGGCCAAUCAGCGCGGUCGUUGCUGAGAGGUCGUUUAUUGACAAGGGGAGAAGGUGACUCCGGGCAAGACCCACCUCGUACACAUCUUAAAUAACCCUAAAGAAGACAGGUGUUUGCAAAGUAAGCCACCAUGUCUUCUUUUGGAAGGGCGUUGGGAGUCCUUCGGACCGGAACUCAGCUCCUCAGACGCGGAACACAGAAGAUAACGACCAGAAAGUCAAGCGAUGGACCGCACAUUGUGCCACAGUACAGGCAAUACCCCCAGAUAACGAAGAAGCAGAAGUUCCAUGCAGAGUUUCUCAGUGCUGCCAUGUGGUUCUGGAUCCUCUGGCACUUCUGGCACGACCCUGAUGCAGUCAUGGGUCACUUCCCCUGGCCGGAGGCCUCUGAAUGGACAGAUGAGGAACUUGGAAUCCCAGCUGAUGACGAGGAAUAAGGACAUUUCUUCAGUGUCCUUUGCUUAAAUUAACACAGAUCACCAUGAGAGGAAUUCAAGCCUUUGUGGAAUUCUUCAGGAUAUUCUCACUCAGUGUUGUACAUACUUAAUAAAAUUAUCUUUAAAUAUGUUAA